AUGGCUCCUUAUAUCAGAACGACCAUAUUUGAUGCUCGAUUGCUCCGCGGCCUAGCAGGCACUACGGUCACCACAUAUGACCUUGCCUCAGACGGUGCGUCACCAGAAUCUACCUCCCGGACGUGGGUCAUCACGGAGAAACUCGCGGAGAGGGCAGUUCCUAUGACAGAGCACGAUGUCAGAAUGGGCCGCGGGUCUCUUCAAACAGUUGGCAAGCCGUUCCCCCUGGAGGCCUUUAAACUAUUGCAGAGUGGACGCUGUAGCGCUGUUCCUCGCUUCCUUGGCCACGCGGAAAGAAUACAAGGAGAGCACGACCUCCUUCCUGGCGGCUACAUUAGAUACUUUGUGUGGGAAAAGGUCCCUGGUGAGCCUCUGACAGAGGAAUUCUUCUGGGGAUUGGAUGACGCCGCACGCGAAGACAUCCGUUCCAAGUUCCGUGCCGCCUAUAAUCGCAUUUCGGGUUUCCGAAGGGGAUGGCCAAUUAUCGACCGACUUGAAUGGUCAGAGGCUUGUUACGUCGAGUAUGGACUAGCGAAGCCAAGCAAAGAGACAGACUGGUACCUUCACCCGGAAAAAUGGGAGUGGUGA